AUGGAUUUCAAGUUUGAAGCUAAGUUUGCUGACUUUGGUCUUGCGAAGAUUGCUUCUGAAACAAACACUCAUGUAUCUACGCGUGUGAUGGGAACCUUUGGGUAUUUGGCUCCUGAAUACGCGCAAGCGAAAAGCUUAAUGAGAAGGCGACGACCUGUUGAUCCAAACAAUGCCUAUGUUGAUGACAGCUUAGUUGACUGGGCACUACCGUUGCUUAACAGAGCAUCUGAGGAAGGGGAGUUUGAAGGUUUGGCUGAUAAGAAGAUGAAUAACGAGUAUGACAUAGAGGACAUGGUUCGCAUGGUUGCUUGUGCUGCGGCUUGUGUUCGCCAUUCAGCUCGCCGCAGACCUCGCAUGAGUCAGAUUGUGCGUGGAUUAGAAGGAAAUGUAUCACUGUCAGAUCUUAACGAAGGGAUAAGACCGGGUGACAGCAAUAAAUACAGCUCAUAUGGAGGAAGCACUGAUUAUGACUCGAGGCAGUACAAUGAUGAGAUGAAGAAGGUUAGGAAAAUGGCACUUGGAACUCAAGGGUACAACACGACGGGGGAGUACAGUAAUUCAACCAGUGACUAUGGACUGUGCCCGUCUGGUUCGAGCAGUGAGGGGCAAACCACCCGUGAAAUGGAGAUGGGAAAAAUUAAAAAAGAACCGGUCAAGUUGCCUUUUUCUAAUUGA